AUGCAUUUCGAAAGAGAAGAUUUUAGAAUACGUCAUACAAAGCUCCGAAGUAAGUCAAGAGCAUCAACUCAAUCCUUCUUUUUUCUGGAGAGAAUGAACUUUACGACAAAAGUAUCUCAGGUGGGUGGGAUUUCUAAGGUUCUACUUUUUCCUAUAAGUAGACGUUGGAUGCAUAGAACACCAAUAUGUCUUAACAAUUCAAAAGGGUCACUUUUCGGAAGCAUUACUGAAAAUACGAUAAAGGAGAAAAACAGUGGGGAUGAUGAUGCGAAUAGCUUCUCCAAUAGACUAGCGGUUGCCUCUGAUUCUUCUGGUGAGGCCCCUGGAGUUGAUAAGGAUUCGAUAACUAUAGAGAACGAUAAAUUACUACAGCAACAUAUUAUAUCAUUGCAACAACCGGAGCAAUUAGCAUCUCAAAGCCUUUUAUCUCCUUUGAAGAGAGAAAUAUAUGAAGCUAAUUGUAAAACCAAUGGUGGAUUCUACAAGAAAGAUACUAUUGUUAAGUUACCAAAUUCUAACAAACGUUAUAAAUUAAACUUAACAAGGAAAGAAGUUGAGGUACUAGAACCUUCUGUAUAUGUCCAGUCAUACAGAAUUAAGUCGUCGAUGAAAAAAGCUACGCUUCUGUUGAGGUUAUUAGGAGGACUUGACGUUAUGAAGGCUAUUUCUCAAUGCCACUUUUCUAAUAAGAAAAUUGCUCGUGAAGUAGCAGAACUACUUCAAAAAGGUGUCAAGGACGGUCAGAAAUUAGGCUUGGAACCAGAUGAUUUGUAUAUUUCUCAGAUUUGGACAGGGAGUGAUGGAUUCUGGCGAAAACGUGUUGAGUUUAAGGCAAGAACAAGAGUUGGUAUCAUAAGCCACCCUUAUAUUCAUGUUAAAUGUAUUUUGAAAACAAAGAGCGUAACGAAACAAAGACUUGCUUACGAGGCACAUUUAAAAGAGCAAAAGAGAGCGCCAUGGGUACAACUAGGAGAUAAGCCUAUUAGAGGCGUUACAGGCGGCGUGUAUAAAUGGUGA